GAAAGUAUUCACGCUUCUGCUUUCGAGCGCACACACUGCACUGCACUGCAUCCAUCCAUCGCGCCCAAGCAAACCUGCGCUGCGCACCUGACAAAGCCGCAGCCGCAGCCGCAGCCAUCGUCGGCGAUGGGAGCCACCCUGCAGCUCGUCGUCGGCGUUGCCUCCCCGUCCCCUCGUCCUGCCGUCCCCUUCCCCUUCCCCAUCGCCGCCGCCACCAGCACCAGCAGCUGUAGCAUCGGGAAGCAGAGGUGCAGCUGCUGCGUCCGCCUGCCGCCGCGGCGGCUGCAGCGGCAGGCGAGGCCGAGCCGGGUUCUCGUCCGUGCCGUCCAGACGGACACCGCGGGCGGCGGCGAGGCCGAGGCCGCGGCCGCCCCCGAGGAGCCACCGAGCGUCGACUUCGCCUUCGUCGCCCCGCGGCUGCUGCCGGACGGGACGCCGGACGUGCACUACCGGACGGCGUGCGGCGGGCAGAAGCUCCGGGACAUCAUGCUCGACGGCUUCAUCGACCUCUACGGGCCGUACGAUAAACUUCUGCUCAACUGCUCCGGAGGUGGAGUGUGCGGGACCUGCAUCGUCGAGGUAGUUCAAGGCAGUGAACUUCUCUCUCCCAAAACUGAUGUGGAGAAGGAAUUGCUUAAAAGGCAACCCAAGACAUGGAGAUUGGCGUGCCAGGCCACUGUUGGCAGUCCUGAUUCAACUGGACAGAUGGUGAUUCAGCAAUUGCCAGAGUGGAAGAUACAUGAGUGGGAUAAGUCGUAACUGGAUGGCAACAACACAGUAAACUUCACAAUCAUCGGGGGAAAAGAAAGCUAGCACAUGACCUGGAGAAGAAACGGUGAAGACGAUCUAUGUUGUAUGUCCAACUUACAUGUAAAAACCUUGAGCAGAAAUGUACAUGCACAUCUCUUGUAGCUA